AUAGAUAAGGUGUGGUGCUGGAGCUUCUUCUUGCGGGUGAUGAGCUGCUGAAGGAAACAGUUCAUGAGGCGGAGGAUUUGGUGAAGAUUGCUGCAGAUUCAGAUCCAGCGACCAUGGCGAUGGCGUUCUCCACCACGCACCGCGCGCUUGUUAACGUAGGUCAGCUCCAGCUCCUCGCAGGCCCCUGUAGCAGCUGCAAGUUUGGCGUAGUCGCUGUUGCUGUUGGGAGGAAGAGAUGCGCUGGGGAGAGGUUGAUGGUGCGAGCCAACGGCGACAUGUUGGGUGAUUUCGGAGCUCGUGACCCUACCGCAGGAGAACUAGGAAGCAACUUUGGGGAGAAGACGUUAGGUAAUGCGUCUACCGAGCACCAAAUUUUAGUUCCGACAUUGUCUGUCCUGAAACUUUCUGAGAGGACAAUUAAACCUCUCGCAGAGAAUACAGCUCCCAUGACUGAGGGUGAGGCGAAGGCUUUACUCCGCAAGGUUGUAGGUUGGAGGCUUGUGAAUCUGGGCUCAAGCGAAGCAGGGCUUAAGCUCCAGUGCGAUUGGCUUUUGAAAGAUGCGGUUUCCGUGACUGAAUUGAGCGCCCGCAUUAGUAAGGUAGCAGAAGAGGCUGAGAACUACCCUUACGAGAUUCAAACGCUGGAUAGCAACAAAGUUAGGGUCGAGAUCUGGACUGCUUCGAUAGGAGGCUUGAGCGAGAAUGACUUCAUCUUCGCGUCAAAGAUAGAUCAAGUUGAAACUAAAGAUCUGACCAGAAGGCUUCGGACAUGGUUCUAGAAGUGUACGCGUGCUAGGUAUACAAUUCUUAAUGAUCUAUAGCAUAAAUAGGACUGUUGACAAGACCUUUACCUUGUUCCCGAUUUUAAUCAUUCUAUUAGCAUAUCCGAAACAGUGAAGGCAGACAAUGGGCCUUGAUUACACCCAGUCUAGUCUCAUACAGAAGAUUGAACAUUCCUUGCUCAUCGAUAGUUGCAAUACCAAGCUAUGUGUGUCGCAUUCUCUCUUUUCAAUCAGAAGCUGUUGUUGCUAAGACCUAUCGUGAUUCA